GUCACCGGGAGCAAAGAUGACAACAUACACAGACAAAGGCGAAAAGCAUGAUCAGGGCAGGUUCCUCUGCUUCGAUCACUUAACAUUUUGGGUUGGAAAUGCAAAACAGGCUGCAUCAUAUUACUGCAACAAGCUGGGAUUUGAGCCUUUGGCUUACCAGGGUUUGGAGACAGGCAGCCGUGAAGUGGUGUCCCAUGUAGUCAAACAAGGAAAGAUCAUUUAUGUGUUCUCAUCUGCCCUCAAUCCUGGAAACAAAGAGAUGGGAGAUCAUUUGGUCAAGCAUGGGGACGGAGUGAAGGAUAUUGCGUUUACAGUGGAGGACUGUGACUUCCUCGUGCAGAAAGCCAGAGAGCGAGGUGCAGUUAUUUUAAAGGAGCCUCACACUCUGGAGGACAAGUAUGGUAAAGUCAGGCUGGCUGUGCUUCAAACGUAUGGUGACACCACACACACGUUUGUGGAGAGGACAGGAUACAGUGGGUUGUUUCUGCCUGGAUUCCACCCUCCUCUGUUCAAAGACCCUUCAUUGGCCAAACUCCCAAGUGGAAAACUGAACUUCAUUGAUCACAUUGUGGGAAACCAACCAGACGAUGAAAUGGUUCCAGUAGUAGAAUGGUAUCAGAGGAACCUUCUCUUUCACCGCUUCUGGUCAGUGGACGACAAGCAGCUUCAGACAGAGUUCAGUGCCCUGCGCUCCAUUGUAGUGGCAAACUACGAGGAGACAGUGAAGAUGCCCAUCAAUGAGCCUGCCAUGGGGAAGAGAAAGUCUCAGAUCCAGGAGUAUGUGGAGUAUUAUGGAGGGCCAGGAGUACAGCAUAUAGCCAUGAACACAUCAGAUAUCAUCACUGCAAUUCGUAACCUAAAGGAGCGUGGGAUGGAGUUUAUGUCUGUGCCGGACACCUACUAUGACCAGCUGAGAGAGAAGUUGAAACACUCAAAGGUCAAAAUCACAGAGGACCUGAAUGUCCUGCAGGAACUGAAGAUCUUGGUGGACUAUGACGACAAUGGCUAUUUACUUCAAAUCUUCACCAAGCCAGUGCAGGAUCGGCCCACUGUGUUCUUGGAAGUCAUUCAGAGACACAACCACCAGGGCUUUGGUGCAGGAAACUUUAAGUCUCUUUUUGAGGCCAUUGAAGCCGACCAGCAUGCCAGAGGAAAUCUGACUAUCCUGACCCCAAAUGGAGUUUCAAAUAAAAUGUGAACCCAGUGUUACAUUCACUUUACAUCUCUGAAACAAGAAUGUUAUACUGAUAAUGUGCUACAUCAAUGCUCGGACAUCGUGAGACAGACAGUAAGAAAGCAAAAAGCGUGUUUAUUGAUGCUGUCAUUCUUUGAUCUUUCUGUGACUUGCAUGUUUUAUCAGAAUUGUCUAUUUUAUGUUACUUCAUUAGUAAGAGUACAUCACAACUAAACAUCCAUAAUGCAGUGCUUUCUUAUUACAAAAUAUUAACAACAACCAGUAUUAUUGUUACAAGCUUGACUCAAGCAAAACACCAUUUAAGCUCUCGUAAAUGAAAACAUUUAACUAUACAUUUAUGUUAUCGUUUGGACAAUGAGAUCGACAGACAUUUCGCUGAAACGGAGGCUUUUAGCAUGAUGUGUUUGCCCUCCACGCUGGAAGAGACAACAAUUGAAAAACUGGUUGCAAUUUGUCCAUAAACUGUAAUUUACAACCAAAUGCAGUGUCUUAUUAUUAUGCAGCUUUUUCCAGAGGUUUUGUUUUCAUCAUGUUAUCAUCCUGUUGAUAAAAAUCAAAGU